UUGUUUUUGAGCUGAAACUUUAUUUUGAAUUUGAAAUUAACACAGAUAUAGAUAAACCAGCCUUUAAAUGUUUCUUACAAUACAUGUGUGUAAGACUUUUUCCUCUUCAGUAUCCCUUUGAUAACAAUAAUAUAACAGCACAAUGCUAUUGUGUGUACCAGACUUUAUAAAGUUAGGGGCAGGUGUUUAUAAUUGAUUUAAAGGGGAAAUUAUUAUUUUUGCAAUAAGUGAUGCACUGAAAAUGACUGGUGCACAUUAAAACGUAUUCUCAUUAAGAUAGUCUCUGUGUGUAAAAUGCAGCUAUUCAUUCAACAGGCUGACAACUUUCCACUUGGUAUUUGCCUUUGCUUAAUUUAGUUUCCGCAGGACAGUCAGUGUGGUAGUUUGCAUCUGUUUUUGGCAGGCACAGAAAACUAUAAACUCAGACAGUCCUGUCCCAAAUAUUGCAGCUCACAAGUUACAAUCAAUUUGAUAAAAACAGGCAAGUUUUAUGGACUUGCUUUUCUGUUGUUCAUCCUUGGUCAAGCUUCCAGGUAACAUAGGUUUCUUUCUCUUCCCCUGUUUUGCUGGUUUUCAGUACUAAUAGCCUUGAUAACUAAUUCUGAGUCUUGUUUACUCAUUUAGCUUCCUUAUUUAUUGCUGAUUGAAAUUUGGGGAAAUUAAUGACGGCAUGUCUAGACUUGGUUUUACUUUGUCUAUCUACGUGAUAACUGCGUUCAUCUUUUGAUCCCACCAUAGAGAAAGAACUGAAUUCUUUGUUACUAGUCUAGUUAUGAUUUAUGGAAUUGGAAGGUCCCCCUUAGAUAAAAUAUGAAGAAACUCUUACAGCCUGUAUCAGGUAGAAAUUUAGUCUGAUUCUCUCAUCACAGAUAGAGAAUACUAAUGCACUUUGCAAUUUUUAUGUUAAAAAAAUUGAGACUUUUUUAUAAUUAUCAAAAUUAUUUAUCUCCUAAAAGCUUUAACCAGUAGGUGAAGGAAAUAUUUUAAAAUACCAAGUGGUGUUUUAUACACUGUUCAGUAGCAAAGAGUUUUGCGGAGGGAAUAACCACUUUUAAAAAUUUAUCCUCGGGUGUUAGUAGGUCUUACGCUGUUUAUCUGUAUAGGAUGUUCUAUCACUUACAUAUGACCUUUAUAAAUAAUGUCUUUAAUGUUGCUAUUAUGGUCACCUUUAGAGUGGUUCCAUCACUCAGUGGUUCUCAGAUUCCUGAGAACUGAAUUCGUUGGCUUUUGAUUUGGUUCUCUGAUGGGUAUAAUAAUGUACAACUUGGUUUAGGUUAGAAAGAGAGCAUUGGGUUUAAGGAAACCCCUUUGCUGAAGGAUCUGUGGAUGAAAAUGAUUUGAAUUGUUACGAGUUAGAGGAAUAAGCCUAGAUGGUUACUCAGCUGCAGUAGCUGUUACAGGAGCAAUGUCUACUUUUUAUCGUUAAACUUUUUUUUCCCCCUAAGAGCACAAAUCCAGGUAGCAAAAAUGAAGAUAAAAUUAUCUAUGCCCUUCACAUUUGAAGCAUCAGUGGAAAUCAUUUUCUGACUCAAAGCUGUGAUUGAAAUACAAGUAGCAUCGAAAUAUCCCAAAGAAAGACAUGAAAGAUAACGCUAUCCGUUGCUAAGUACAUUUCAUUAAAAAUGAGAAAGAAAACUUUUAAUUUUUAAAAUGUUUCUAGCUCUUUAAAAACCUGCAGUAAAUACUUUACAAGUGGCUAGACACCUUCCCUGGUGGUUUAGUUUAUACAAGCAGGAAACUUUCUCUCCUACUCUUUCUCUCUCUCUUUCUUGUUUUCUUUAAACCAACUGACGUAAUGCCAAACUUUGCUUUAAAAGAACAGACAGAAGUAAUUGGUAGCUUUUAACUUUUAAUAAUGUUCUGGAUUGGUUUUAGUGGCCAAAAUGCCAUUUAAAAAAAAAAAAAAAGUUCAAGUAAGAACGGGCUUGUGGCCUGAGGAAGAAAGGCUCUGUUGAUGCAGUUAUUUUUAUUCUGUUUUUCAAUCUGUUAUUAAAAAUCUUUCCUGCUGAGCCCUGUUGGAUUUCUCCAAUUGCUCUCUGUGAUGGAUGGUGCAUUUCAGGUUACCGUAACUUAAACAGUUUUUGGGUUUGGGGGAGAGUGGGUACUUGUAUUGCGUUAUUUCUUAUUGGGGGGGGAAGUAAAACAUUUGUUUUUGUUUCAUUUGCGAUGAAUUAAUUAAGAUUAUCAAUGGCGACAGGUCAAUGAAUAUGUUUAUGUAAAGAAUGCUACACCUGUUAGCAAGAGUCUGAAAUGUGGAAGUUUCAUUCUGACAUUAAUCAUUUUUAUGUGCAGUGGAAGGAAAAUAGGUGAAACUUUACAAAAAUAUAUUUUUUAGAUUGAAAGCGUUAAUUUUAAGGGUCAGUUUGUGUGGGCGGCUCUUUUUUUUUCCUCACAAUUUUAGGGGAUAAUUUUUAACCCUGUUAUCACACAGUGUUUUUAGUUUCUUUUCUUUUUUUUUCUUAUAAAAUAGUCAUUUUCUCUCUUCCUGGUUUGUACAGGCAGACAGAACUUUCUCUAGUUUAGAGCUAUCUUGGUGAUGUUGGUUGACAUCAGGGCAACUUCAGAAGCUAGCAAGUAGGAGAAUCUUUUCAGAGGGCAAAAAGAUUUGUACCAGUUUUUCCUUCCUUGGAGAGACACUGCACCCAGAAAUGAGGCCCUCCACCCUAUUUGGGGGGCCAGAAGUAUCAAAAUUUCUGAUAGGGAUUGUUCGUAAGGUUCAGAUCUUAAUGGUUACUUGUCUUGGUUUAAAUCUUACGGUUACCUGUCUUGGACUUUGCUUUUAACCCUAAAUUUGUGCUGAGGUUCUAUUUUCCCCCUUUUACACAGAAUGUGUUUUAAAAAUAAUGCAUACUGAAAAUUAGGUAUCUCUCAGAUACCUUAAAAUGUCUUUUAAGGUAUUUGUAAUUACCAUUAAAAGCAUUCCGUAUAUUCAGGGAAGUUAAAAGAAUUCCCUGCAUGAAAAUUUGACAGUUUUGAUUUACCUUAACGUUUUUCUCAGUUUUUCUUACAACUAUAGACUUCAGUUCAGAUCAGAAACAUUCUUUCUCUGCUAACCACUCCUUACCAUAAGGAUGUGUCAGGAAAAACCAUAGGAACUUAAACUAUAACUUGUUCACAUCAGCAAAGCAAAAGUAUCUUAACAUGAAUCUUGACUUGUUUUAUUUUUUACAAAGUUUUCAAAUAUAUCUCUGUCAUUACAGUUUUGUUGAUUGAAUGUUGGUUUAUUACUGCAAAACUGAGGUAACAGUAAUAAAGUUUUGCAAGAAGGGGAAAAAAAGGCAAAGGGAGGUAUUUAGUGCUGCAGUCCUUUAAUAUCAUCAGUAGUUUAUUUACUGUUCAGUGUUGGGGAGGGGUUGGAGAGGCUUUGUGGAAGAUGAUACCAAAAAAAAAAAAAAAUACAUCAAUUGCGCAUAUGAUCCCCUCCCCUUAAGCUUUACUUAAACAAUAUGUUUCGGUUUUGCCUCAAACCAUUCCCCACCACUUCUCCAAGAAUCCACCACUAUCUUCGUUCCUGAGCGAUUAAGGAUGACACUUUCUGUUGUAUAAUGAACUGCAGUAUUGUUUGAACAAAGAUGUACAGAUCAUCUCUCAAAAUGUCUUCUGUGUCUUCUGAGCAUCUUCUAAGACAAUUGCAUUAGCCCUCCUGCUAGUUGACUAAUAGAAUUAAUAAUUGUAAAAAGCACUCUAAAGCCACAUGCCUUAUGAAGUCAAUGCUGGGUAUGAUUUUACAAAUAUGGUCCGGAAAAAGAACCCCCCUCUGAGAAACAUUGCUAGUGAAGGCGAGGGUCAGACCCUGGAGCCUGUCGGUACAGAAAGCAAGGGACCUGGAAAGAACAAAGAAUUUUCUGCAGAUCAGAUGUCAGAAAAUACGGAUCAGAGUGAUGCUACAGAACUAAAUAAUAAGGAGGAACAUAGCUUGCAUGUCCAGGAUCCAUCUUCUAGCAGCAAGAAGGACUUGAAAAGCUCAGUCCUGAGUGAGAAGGCUGGCUUUAAUUAUGAAAACCCCAGUAAGGGAGGAAACCUUCCCUCCUAUUCACAUGAUGAGGUGACAGAGAGAAAUAUGUUGGCUUUCUCAUCUCCAGCUGCUGGGGGAGUCUGUGAGCCCUUGAAGUCUCCUCAAAGAGCAGAGGCAGAUGACCCUCAAGAUAUGGCCUGCACCCCAUCAGGGGACUCACUGGAGAUGAAGGAAGAUCAGAAGAUGUCACCGAAGGCUACAGAGGAAACAGGGCAAGCGCAGAGUGGUCAAGCCAAUUGUCAAGGCUCAAGCCCAGUUUCAGUGGCCUCAAAAAACCCACAAGUGCCUUCAGAUGGGGGUGUCAGACUGAAUAAAUCGAAAACCGACGUACUGGUUAAUGACAACCCAGACCCGGCACCUCUGUCUCCAGAGCUUCAGGACUUUAAAUGCAAUAUCUGUGGAUACGGUUACUAUGGCAACGACCCCACAGAUCUGAUUAAGCACUUCCGAAAGUAUCACUUAGGACUGCAUAACCGCACCAGGCAGGAUGCUGAGCUGGACAGCAAAAUCUUGGCCCUUCAUAACAUGGUGCAGUUCAGCCAUUCCAAAGACUUCCAGAAAGUCAACCGAUCUGUGCUUUCUGGUGUGUUGCAGGAUAUCAGUUCCUCAAGGCCUGUUUUACUAAACGGGACCUAUGAUGUACAGGUCACUUCAGGUGGAACAUUCAUUGGCAUUGGCCGGAAGACACCAGAUUGCCAAGGAAACACCAAGUAUUUCCGCUGUAAAUUCUGCAAUUUCACUUACAUGGGCAACUCAUCCACAGAACUAGAACAACAUUUUCUUCAGACUCACCCGAACAAAAUAAAAGCUUCUCUCUCCUCCUCUGAGGGUGCAAAACCUUCAGAGAAAAACUCUAACAAAUCCAUCCCAGCAGUCCGGUCUGGUGAUGCUGGAGACCUGGGCAAAUGGCAGGACAAGAUCACAGUCAAGGCAGGAGAUGACACACCCGUUGGUUACUCAGUGCCCAUCAAGCCCCUUGACUCGAGACAGAAUGGUACAGAGGCCACCAGUUACUACUGGUGUAAGUUUUGUAGCUUCAGCUGUGAGUCCUCGAGCUCACUGAAGCUGCUAGAACAUUACGGCAAGCAGCAUGGCGGAGCGCAGUCAGGCGGCCUUAAUCCAGAAUUGAAUGAUAAGCUUUCCAGGGGCUCUGUCAUUAAUCAGAAUGAUCUAGCCAAAAGCGCAGAAGGGGAGCCAAUGACCAAGGCAGACAAGGGCUCUAGUGGGGCGAAGAAGAAGGACUUCUCCAGCAAGGGAGCAGAGGAUAACAUGGUCACGAGCUACAACUGUCAGUUCUGUGACUUUCGAUAUUCCAAGAGCCAUGGCCCCGACGUCAUUGUGGUGGGGCCACUUCUUCGUCAUUAUCAACAGCUCCACAACAUUCAUAAGUGUACCAUUAAACACUGUCCAUUCUGUCCCAGAGGCCUUUGCAGCCCAGAAAAGCACCUUGGAGAAAUUACUUAUCCAUUCGCUUGUAGAAAAAGCAAUUGUUCCCACUGUGCGCUCUUGCUUUUGCACUUGUCUCCUGGGGCGGCCGGGAGCUCAAGAGUCAAACACCAGUGCCACCAGUGCUCGUUCUCCACCCCCGACGUGGAUGUGCUCCUCUUUCAUUAUGAGAGCGCGCACGAGUCCCAGGCAUCGGAUGUCAAGCAAGAAGGCAGUCACCUGCAAGGACCAGACGGGCAGCCGGCUGUCAAGGAAAGCAAAGAACACUCAUGUACCAAAUGUGAUUUCAUUACCCAGGUGGAAGAAGAGAUUUCCCGACACUACAGGAGAGCACACAGCUGCUACAAAUGCCGUCAGUGCAGUUUCACAGCUGCCGAGACUCAGUCACUACUGGAGCACUUCAACACUGUUCACUGCCAGGAGCAAGACAGCACUACAGCCAACGGCGAAGAGGACGGCCAUGCCGUCUCCAGCAUCAAGGAGGAGCCCAAGAUUGACCUCAAGGUCUACAGUCUGCUCAAUCCAGACUCUAAAAUGGGAGAGCCAGUUGCUGAGAGUGUGGUGAAGAGGGAGAAGCUCGAAGACAAGGAUGGGCUCAAAGAAAAGGCUUGGGCUGAGAGUUCAAGCGAUGACCUUCGCAGCGUGACUUGGAGAGGGGCGGACAUCCUACGGGGCAGUCCCUCUUAUACCCAAGCCAGCCUGGGGCUCCUAACCCCUGUGUCCGGCCCCCAGGAGCAGACGAAGACUCUGAGGGAUAGCCCCAACGUCGAGGCUGCCCACCUGGCGCGCCCUAUUUACGGCUUGGCUGUGGACACCAAGGGCUUCCUGCAGGGGGCGCCCGCGGGCGGAGAAAAGGCCGGCGCCCUCCCCCAGCAGUAUCCCGCGUCUGGAGAGAGCAAGUCCAAGGAUGAAUCCCAGUCCCUGUUACGGAGGCGCAGAGGCUCGGGUGUUUUUUGUGCCAAUUGCUUGACCACAAAGACCUCUCUCUGGCGAAAGAAUGCAAAUGGCGGAUAUGUAUGCAAUGCGUGUGGUCUCUACCAGAAGCUUCACUCGACUCCCAGGCCUUUAAACAUCAUUAAACAAAACAACGGUGAGCAGAUUAUUAGGAGAAGAACAAGAAAGCGCCUUAACCCAGAGGCACUUCAGGCCGAGCAGCUCAACAAACAGCAGAGGGCCGGCAGUGAGGAGCAGGUCAACGGCAGCCCCUUAGAGAGGCGGUCGGAAGAUCACUUAACUGAAGGUCACCAGAGAGAAAUUCCACUCCCCAGCCUGAGUAAAUACGAAGCGCAGGGUUCAUUGACUAAAAGCCAUUCUGCUCAGCAGCCAGUCCUGGUCAGCCAAACUCUGGAUAUUCACAAAAGAAUGCAGCCUUUGCACAUUCAGAUAAAAAGUCCUCAGGAAAGUACUGGAGACCCAGGAAACAGUUCAUCCGUAUCUGAAGGGAAAGGAAGUUCUGAGAGAGGCAGUCCCAUAGAAAAGUACAUGAGACCCGCGAAGCACCCAAAUUAUUCACCACCAGGCAGCCCUAUUGAAAAGUACCAGUAUCCCCUUUUCGGACUUCCCUUUGUACAUAAUGACUUCCAGAGUGAAGCUGAUUGGCUGCGGUUCUGGAGUAAAUAUAAGCUCUCCGUUCCUGGGAAUCCGCACUACUUGAGUCACGUGCCUGGCCUACCAAAUCCUUGCCAAAACUAUGUGCCUUAUCCCACCUUCAAUCUGCCUCCUCAUUUUUCAGCUGUUGGAUCAGACAAUGACAUUCCUCUAGAUUUGGCGAUCAAGCAUUCCAGACCUGGGCCAACUGCGAAUGGUGCCUCCAAGGAGAAAACGAAGGCACCAUCAAAUGUAAAAAAUGAAGGUCCCUUGAAUGUAGUAAAAACAGAGAAAGUUGAUAGAAGUACUCAAGAUGAACUUUCAACAAAAUGUGUGCACUGUGGCAUUGUCUUUCUGGAUGAAGUGAUGUAUGCUUUGCAUAUGAGUUGCCAUGGUGACAGUGGACCUUUCCAGUGCAGCAUAUGCCAGCAUCUUUGCACGGACAAAUAUGACUUCACAACUCAUAUCCAGAGGGGCCUGCAUAGGAACAAUGCACAAGUGGAAAAAAAUGGAAAACCUAAAGAGUAAAACCUUAGCACUUAGCACAAUUAAAUAGAAAUAGGUUUUCUUGAUGGGAAUUCAAUAGCUUGUAAUGUCUUAUGAAGACCUAUUAAAAAAAAAAAUACUUCAUAGAGCCUGCCUUAUCCAACAUGAAGUUCCCUUCUUUUAUUAUUCUUUCUUUUGAUGAGUAGGUUACCAAGAUUAAAAAGUGAGACAAAUGUUCAGUGAGAAAAAAAAAGGAAGAUGGUUAAUAGUCCUGAUUUAGAACCUAGUAAGUCAAAACCAUCUUGGUGAAUGUGUACUGUGGAAACCAUCCAUAAGAAGUAUCACCAAACUAUAAUUAUGAUGUUUGUAUAGAAAGAGAUCAAAGCUGUUUAGAAUUUGGAAGGGUUUACAUAUUAUGAUCCUAAAGCAGUAUUGGGCUGGCCAUUGGCCCAUUUGUUCAAAAACCCAUAAAUUAUUGCCUCAGUUUCGAAGUAUCAUGAAAUCCUAGGCAGAUGAGGAGAAAUUUAAUCUCCAGGGCAGUGAAAGGAAAAUGGCGCCCUCUUAGACGAGAAUCCUCUCAUAGAUCAUGUUUCAAAUUUAGACCUAGAAAUGCGAGCUGUGGUUAGGCUUGGGGAGAGAGCAGCGGGAAAAAUGACAGAUGGUGGCACGAUGAUUUUGGCCAGCCCUGCCUGUACAUACACAUGCACACCCUCUCUGAUAUUUUUGUCCUUUAGAUGUUCACAUACUCCUUUCAAAACUAGUCCUCUUGUUUGCGAUUUAGGUUCAUUUUGUCCAAAUAUAUAUGCAUUUUUAAAAAACAAUGUCCUCAGUGCUAUGUAGUAAUUUUAUUUUAAUCAGAUCAUUCUUUCUUGUAUGUGAUGAACCAGUUUGGGUUUGUUUUCUAAGCUUCCUUUGGGUCACUAAUCUCAUUUGGCAUGUUCUAACUAAAGGGAUCCCCUCAGCUCAAAAGACUAGAUGGAUACAAAAGUUCAGACCAUGGCAUUCAUUGAUGUAGAACACAUGGUAUUUCUCCACAAGGUAACCUGCUGUAUUUAUUUAUUUUCUUUUGGUUUAAAUAUAAUUUCCAACUUUGUGGUCAGGCAGCGUCUAAGGUUACGUUACCACAGGCUGACAGUUGGUAUAUGUACCAAUCAAUUCCUCCAUUAGAUUUAUACAGGUUUAGUUAAGUAGCAUUAAAUAGGAUUCUUAGAAGUAUGUUCUUCAUAGUACUUUUAAUACUUAAGGCUUUGUAAAACUAUCCAUGAAGGGAAAGCCUCAGCAUAACUGCUCAGGGAAAUAGGGCUAAAUAACUGAACAUUAAAUAAUUGGUUAAAGGUGCUGUUAGUCGAGCCUCAAUGCUUGCUACACGGAUGUAUGUACAAGGACUGACUUUAAUAAUUUGCAUUAUAUCGUCCCAACCAGUAGUUUAUUUUUUGCCACGGAGAUGUAGAAGAUAUUACAAGCUACUGGAUGCACUGUCAGAUUAACUUAUUUCAUUAAAGAAGUUGGGAGAACAAAUAGGAAAAAAAAAACCUUAUUUUUCUAGUAAAUAUUAAUGUAUUACAUUUCAAAUAAUGGUGCCUGACAUAUUGAAUAAUUAUUUUCUACAGUGUACGUAUGCAACAAAGAUAUUCCAUCAUGCAUUAGAGUCAGUUCUGACUCUGCCUAGCUGUUUACAUUUGCAAAUGUAGCAAACAAGGUAAUGAAGCAACUAUUUCUAUUGCGGUAGAUAUCUUUUGUGUGUGUGUGUGUGUGUGUGUGUGUGCAUUAAAAUUGUAAACGGUAACAUGAAACAAAUGAACGUUCUUGAUAUAAUGGUAUGAAAACAAGAAGGAAAUGAAAAUAUUUUUAUGCCUACUUAGAAAAAAAAGGGUAGCACUAUUCAUUCCAAGUACUUUUUUUUUUAAUUUUUAAGCUCUUAACUCACAUUGUUAUGCUUAAAAUGAUAACCAUAUAUCCUCUUUUUAUUGCUUUGUCUAUGUUUCAGAUGAAACAUUUCAGAAAUUAUUUUGAUAAGUGCUGCUGGAAUCUGCAGCACUGAUGUUUUUAUUGCAUUCUGUAGUUGCAUUUGCACUCCAUUUUUACAUUAAUUCGCAGUUGCUUUGUAUUGUUUUGUUUGGGUUUUGUUUCUUUUUCCCAGUGCCAGGUCUUCGUUUCUUCAAGUUGGAUGGCAGGUAGAGUUCAACCAGUUUGUGACUGUUGUAGUGAAUGAAGUUCAGACUGUCUUUCUGACGCUGUGCUGUCAUUUCCAUUCUUGCAUUUUUGUUUUCAUGUAAAAAAAAAGAGAGAGAGAGAGAGAAAAAGAGAGAAAGAAAUCAGGACUAAGCCUUUUGCUUCAGUUUCAUUUAUAAAGGGUUGUUUUCUGAUCUCACCUGUCAAAUAGCUCUAAUAUAAUUCACAUGAACCGAGAUAAAGAGGUGAAAUGAGGGGCUUUGACAUUCAAAUUAUGUGAUGUCAUUUAUCUUUCUUAGGAAUUUUGAUGAAUGCAUCUCAAAAUGUACAGGCAGAUUGGAGAGGUGGCAAUUAAAGAUCUAAAGAGGAGAUUUCCCAAACAACAAAACAGCAUUUAAUUUUCUUAGUGAAAGGACUAGAAACAAAGCGCACUGUGGCAAUCCUCAAGCACCACGAUAUGUGAACUGCUCAAAGUAGAAAAAACACUCGCAGUUUGGUAAACUUGGGCAAUAGUACAGGUAUGGCUUUUUGGGCAAAACUACUAUUUAAGCAGUUUCUCCAGUGUAUCAGACACAAGUAUGUUGUUCUUUCUUGGCAUAUAUGUCUCUUUAUUUCAUCAUUUUGUUUUUUCCCUCAGACACACAAGUAGUAAUGGUUAGCAUUGGAAAUACAUAUCACUAUUCUUGGAAUAUUUAUGGUCAGUCUACUGUAGGUAGAAUAUUCUUAGAUAGCAUUGUCAAUAGAUCUUAUUCUGUAUUCCUUUUAUUAUUGAUUAUUUUAUUUUCAUUUAUUUUUUUUCAUAUUUUGAUGGAGAAGAGGUUGGGCUAUGAAAAAUGAUGAAAAUUUAUCAAGACACUAAAAGACCCCCUUUUUUUGACUUUUGAAAGCCUUUGUCCUAGCUUUCAAAAUACAUUUUUACAAAAUUGAUUGAUUGGUAUCUUUAUUUUUAUUUGGGUUUAGGAUUUCUGAACUAUUUUGUCUUAAAUUGUGAUUUUAAAUGAGCUGUUUAGAUACUUAAAAUCUUUUUUUUUUUUUUAAGGAUUUUCAAGAUGACUUAGGAAUUUCCCUUCUUGGAAAAGGCUUUCCCUAUGAUAAAAACUAUGCGCUAGGUAAAAUUGUAUGUCCUUUAAAAAACAUACGUCUUUUUAAAGUAUGUGUCCAGAUUCUGAAUCAGGCUUUGGAUCAAACUUUAAGCCAGGACCAGCUCAUGCGUUCUCAUUCUUGUUUUUCUCACUCUUUCUCUCUUCGUCUCUCACCCAUGUAUUCAUAUUGUUGUUUGGGAUAGAAGACUCUUAAAGAGCCAGCCCACCUCAGAAGAUUGUGGAUUCAGAGACACUACACUGAGUACAUGAAAAAAGGAUGGAGCUCUCAUGGUUAAUAUGUUAACUCUAUAGUUAAAGGGAAAGAGGGUGCCCGUUCUUUCUACAUGACAUAUUGAGAUGUUCUUUUAAAAAAAUCAACUUUUAAGAUAAUGAUGUUUUCUUCUAAACUGUUCUCUUUUAGUAAAGGUAGAUUUUAGAAAACAAGCAUGGGGAUUUUUUUUCCUAAGGUAAUAUUAAUGAGAAGAAGAGAAAAAGUGAUUAUCUUUAACAGCUCUUUGUUGAAGCCUGUGGUAGCACAUUAUGUUAAUGAUUGCACAUGUGCACAUAAUCUAUGAUGAUCCAAUGCAAAUACAGCUCCAAAAAUAUUAAAUGUAUAGAUUUUUAAAUGCCUGAGGGUAUACAUUUUUCUUAAUUAAUUGAAGAGUAUCAAUACUGCUACUAAAGUAAUGAUUAGCCUCCUGCUAUGUGGCUGCGAAACAUCAAAGGUGACCUGUCUUAAGACCUCUGAACUGCCUGCCUGUUUAGUUCGUGAACAUGAACAUAAUUCUAGAGGGGGAAGAUCGAACAUCCCGCGGUGGUAAAGAAGCUGAUGGUCAGCUUCUGCGCUGUAUGCCAGUUUUUUGCCUAAAGUUUACUUUGAGCUCACGCCUUUCUGUCUUUGGGUUGAGAACCAUGGCAAAAAAAAUAAAUAAAUAAAAGCAAGGCAUCUUUUGUGAUCAAGUAAGUGAAAGCUUGCUGACUAUCCUAGAUCACAGGAGAAAAUGGAGGAAUGAAAUCAAAUCCAAAUAUGAGACUAAAGAUGCUAACCAAAGGUAGGUACUAAGUGGAAUUCUAUCAGCAGGCCACUAUAAAUGAGAGGAGGAUAGAGAGACAUGUACCAGGACUUUGAAGGGCUGUGUUAUUUUCCCAAAGAAAGACUUGGCCAAGGGCAGAAGCCAUGGCUUCAUUGGAGAGCACUUCCUGUGGGUUUUCCAUUAGCAUUUCACCAACAGUGGACACACAUGUUCCUGCUAACCAUCAGUGAUUUAGAAAGCAUCCACAGUUAUCUGCAGUAAUUAGGACCUCUGGAAGAUGCUAGGGUUGAAGUGUGUCAAGUCAGGGAUGAAGAAAAUGUGAAAAUCAAAUUGGUCCACACAUGGAAACUGGAUAAUGUAUCCUUACAUGAUGUUCUCUUGAAGGGAAAAAGUAGAGUUAGAAACUUCACUCCAUCCUACAGCAGAGAAAAGCAAGAGUAACUUUUACACAGAAAUAACAUUUAGAUUUCAUCAGAGAAAAUGGUUCUUCAAGACCCAUGAGUCCCAAAACUGGAUCCUAAUUUUUACUCCUGGAUUUUUUGUUCAUUAUAUGACCUGCAGCAAAUCACUUUUUUCUUUUCAUGCCUCAGGUUCCUCACCUGUAAAAUGGAAAAAAUAUAUUAAUAAUAAUAUUAAUAAUAAUAAUGGUAAUGUAGUACUUGUUUGUAAAGCACUUUGAGAUCCUUGAUUGAAAGGCACCAUGAGAGUGCCAAGUAUUAUUAUAUGGCCAAGGGGCUUAUUUAAACUCUCAGUUCCCAAGGGCCAGGAAAGGUUGGGGUCGUUUUUUUAAAGAUGAGCUGUAAAUAUCAUAAUCAGGCAGCCUAUUGUGUUGACUAUGAAGAGGCAAAACUAUUACAAGGCUGAUAAAACCAUAGUUUCUUAAUGGCUACCAACAAGGCAAAUAUCACAAUAAGAAAUGCCAAAUUCUUUAAGGUGACAACGUGAAUAAUUGGGGGGGGGCAGGUAGGGAUGGGAAGCAUCUCAAUAAUGCCAAUGUAAAAUUCACUUACAGCAAUAUUCACCAGCAGAAAAUGUCUUUCAUACGGAAUGAUUUCAUGUUGCUAAGAAAAAAUUCAAUUUGUAGUCCUGAUUUGAAUAUUAGAAUGUUGGCUAUAAUAGUUCUGUUCUUACAACACAUGGAAUUUUUUUUGUUUUAUUUAAUUUUGUUUUCAUAGUGCAUGUUCAUUUCUACUCACAAACAUGUUCUUGGUGUAUUUCUUAUGCAAACAAUCUUCAGGCAGCAAAGAUGUCUGUUACAUCUAAACUUGAAUAAUAAAGUUUUACCACCAGUUAUA